UGUUGCUUGAUACUCGAUCAGGAUGAAGUUCAUCGCGUUAUUCUUGCUGUGCAGCCUGACUGUUGGUCUGGUCUUGGCGUUUCCUGACAAUCAUAUUGCAGUUGCUGAUGUGUCAGCUGGUGGCAUGCAUGUUGAUGCAAUUUCCGACCGUGGAACAGGAGAUGCCGCCUCAGCAUCGCAAAUUGCUCGGCUACGUCAGUCUCGUCAUCUUCUGAAGAAAUUGUUCAAUCCCGAGCCAGAGGUGAUAGUACAACCGAUUAUCGUGCAACCACAGCAACCACAGCCGUUUUUUCCUGCUUUUAAUCCCUAUGUUGGUACUGGUCGAGGCUUUGGGUACGGUAGUUUUCCUUAUAAUCGACCCGUUGGUUAUUGA